AUGUCUCAUUCAAACUACAGUACCAACCAAACCCAACCUGACAGAAAGAGGUUUCAAAGCAGUCACACAGCGGUCCCAGGGCAGUUCCACAGCAUGCAGUCUCAGAGCAGUCCCAUAGAGGUUCUAGAGCAGCCUCACAGCGGUUCAAGCAGUCCCAGAAAGCAGUCCCAAGCAGUCCCAUAUUUUGAGAAAGCAGUCUUUAGGGACUGCUUUCUGGGACUGCUUGGGUGUCAGAUUGGGUCUGAUUGGUGCUGGUAUCAGGAAGGUGAAUAUUUUGCCAUGAGAACAACAUUAGAAUGUGGAAUUAUUGUAUUUUUGAAUUUUGCCGUUUUUGCAGAUUCUGAAGAAAAAGACAGUAUAACAUACGAAUUUGGAAAAGAUUGUCCCGUUUUCCUAAGAAAAUUAGACGAAAACCUUCAAAUUUACGUUCAAUACAAAGGGAAAUUUGUUCAUUGGAUGUGCAAAUACUUUUCAUUUGAAGGAAUAGGAAUUGAAAGUUUGGACGAAUAUAUAAUCUGCGUCAGACCUCAAUACUUCAAUGAUCCGGACUGCGCUGUAACAUUGGAGUAUAAAUCUACUUUCGAUGGUGCUACAUUAGCGAAUGUGACCUGUUCGAAUAAUUUCGAAAGAAAAUUCUGUGGUGAUCGAGAUGAAUUUCUUUAUAUAUAUUUAGAAACACGUGACGAAAAACCAACAUCAAACACCAGCUUUAAGCUACUUGUUACAGCUGAAAGGGUAUUCAAUUAUGGAAGUUUUGCCUUGCCCAUUCUUGGUGGUGUAAUUGGAGGAAUCGUUUUAAUAGGUGUUCUUACUGCUGUCAUCUGUCGAAGGGGGUGUAGGCGGAAAACGACCCAGAGUCAAAUACUACGAGCUGUUCAGGGUACCUCAGGUUCAACAGUCAACCAAUGUGUAGAAUACAAUAUUGCGACGUCUACUGAACAAUCAGAGUACAGCACUUCACAAAACUACAACCUAAGAGACUUAACGAAGAAUGCCAGCACUUGUAAUAGUUUUGCGUCCUCAAAGACAGAUUGUUUGCAACAAGCAGAAACUAGUUCAUUGUCCCCUCCUCCAACCUAUGACGAAAAAAUGUUAUCGUUGUAUUUUCACGUUUUAUUGCAUGCAUGGCCACCCGUACUUUGCAUCAACGUAACUGGUGCUUAUAAAUUAUUGCGUUUGUUUACAUUUCGAAAUAAGGUGGAAGGAAGACGUGCCGGUGGUUAUCAUUUCGUUGAGAAAAUGUUAAUCGGAUGUACGAUUUUCUUUGUGUCGUACUUCACUAGUCAAUUAGCAGAAGGAAUAGAGACUCAAGAAUAUAAUUUUGGAGAGGACUGCUCCACUUUGCAAGAAGUUAACGAGGAUCGCCAAAUACACCUUGAUUACGAAGGGCAAAGAGUUAGAUCGUGUUAUUACAUGUCCUUUGAGGGACAAGGAGAGGACAUCAGUGAUGAAUAUCAAGUCUGUGUUACACCAAAGUGGUUCCGUGACCCAGACUGCAGUGUUGAAAUAAUUUUUAGGUCUGGUUAUAUGGGCAAAAAAUUAAAGAGUUUUACUUGCACAAAUUCUUAUGAACCAAAAUUCUGCGCAGACAAUGGUGAUUCGCUUUAUGUCUACUUUGAUACACGUACUGGGAAAUCAACAUCUAAUGUCAGUUUCAGAUUUCUUAUAACUGCUACAAAGGUUCUUGAUUACAGUAAUUUAGUUUGGGCCAUUAUUGGAGGUGUGAUCGGGGGCAUCGUGUUUGUCACGUUGCUUACUGCUCUGUUUUGCUGGUGUGUCUGUAAACGAAAACCAGCAACGGGUCAAGUUCUCCGUUCAGCUGGACAAGUUACAACUAUAACUCAGCCUGCCUAUCCCUAUGCCAAUUAUUCUGCACAACCAACCGGAAACAUUGCUCCUUUCCCGGCGCCCAACUAUUCAACACAAUAUUCGACAGGUUAUGGUACACAACCUCCAGUUCAAUCUCCGCAGACUGUCGAAUGGCAGCAAACCCAAAAACAAGCAUCUGCUCCUCCACCACCAAGUUACGACGAGUUAUAAACAAGAUUGAAUGCUUGAAUCGGUGAUUAAGAAAUCCAAAGGCAUAUACAGGUUUAUGUAAAUUACAAGAUCAUGUCAUAUAAAUAAGUUUACCUUAUUUAAAAAUAACGUAGUAUUGUAGCUUUUUAUUCAUGUACUGAUCUGAUAGAUUUGCAAUGAAACAAUUUGAUCAUGGUGUUAUCUUUUAAUUAUCAAGCAUUGCCUUUUUUCAUUUUAUAUACAUAAAUGUGUUGUUUAAGCAAAUCGUAGAGCACAGGGAGACACAUGUAAUGUCUUUAGGAUAAAUGUUCUUCAUGCAGUUUUAAAAAAUGUGUCAUACCAUCCAACUGUUUGUUUUAUAUUUAUAUUAUCAAAAGAAUUUUUGUUUGAUUACUUGAAGUCUACACUCAUUUCUUGUACUUCUCCACAUAUAUUACAUUUGCAAAUUAAAAUAUAAUCAUGUAUGCAGUACAUGAGCUGCUUUACGUAGACAAAUCUAUUGCACGUGGAGAGAUUUUGUAUUCAUUUUAUUUCCUUUUUAAUUAUUUUUUAAAUGAAAAAAUCAUUUAUUUGGUAUCAAUCAUCACUAACAAUAUACUCAUCAGUGAAAAGGGGAACAAAAAGGAAUUGUUUGUAUGGAUGACACAAUAAUAUUGAAUACCAAACAACUCCUGAAUUUUUUUUUAAGUUUUAAGCAUUUUUAAAUUAAUGAUCUGAAAAACUUUACGUUUUAUGAAGAGUAAUCUUUUGGAUAAAAAAUAAUUGCAAUAUAAAGAAUAUUAAUAGAUACUCUUAUUUACCUUUUACCAAUGAUUAUUUUUUUUUCUAUUUUUUAUUGAAUUGUUUAAAUUGUAUUAUGUUUAUGAAUAAA